AUGAAUUAGUAUGUCAGCCCCCAAAUAACUAAUUUACUUGAUUUGCUUUAAUUUAUGAACCAUUUCUGAGCGUUUUGAAAAAUUAUAUUAUUAUUUUUUAUAAAUGAAAUCUCAUUAGAACUUUUAAACUUUUGCUGGAAUUAAACUUGAUCUACAAUUCAAUCAUAAACAUUGAAACAAGUGGAUCAAAGGAGACAUUGCAUAGUUUUUUCAUUUGCAUCUAAGUUAUUUGUUUCUGAACAUGGAUGAUGAAGAUGGGGAUUUUUCUCUUAGUACUGCUGCCAGAUCUCGUUUAUCAAGUUUAUUUGUGGGAGAUAAUACAAGUGGAGAUGUAAACCAAGCACUCACCUUUACUGCACCUAAACAACCAAGAAAAAAUGAAAAUCUUCAGAAUAAUCCAGAAACUUUUAAAUUAUUAAUUGCUGCUGUUGUUCAUGCUUAUAAAUUGAAAGAUGGAAACUAUGCAAAUCAAGGCAAAUUAGGUUGUGCAAUUUUAGGACUUCAUGAAAAUUCCAGUUACAAAUUCUUGCUGUACAAAGGUAAACAAAUUCAAGUUACUGCAUGUAGUAUUGUUCCCAGUUUCAAGUUUAAUAUUCAGCCUAAUAACUAUGUUAGCAUUUUUGAUGAGAAAAAUGAAAACUGGUCUAUUAACUUUGAAUCUGAGACAACACUCACAGAUUUUGCCAAGCAGGUAGCAUUAGCAAAAGCAAAUAGUGAAGGUAAAAACCAGUCUUCACUAAUUAUUCAGGAGUUAGCCUUAGGUGAAGGUCCAUCUGUUGAUAAUGGCGAUGCUGCUGAAAUAAGAUAUUCUUGUUGGAGUUUAUCAAACUAUUCAUUUGGGCAGUUCUUAGAUAGCAAUAUGCAAUCCGAAUCAGCCUUCCGAUUACGACUUGGGAAAACAAAAGUUAUUAAGGGUUUAUCUGAUGGCUUGAUUGGUGCUCAAAAAGGCACUAAACGCUUGUUAAUCAUUCCACCCAGCCUAAUUACUGAGGGUGCUACUCCAUCUGUUCCUUUAAAUACUACUGUGAUUUUUGAAAUACUUGUGGUCAAAGUAAAACUUUCUCGUGAGUCAUCCCAUUCUCCCAGUCCCAUAAAAGUUCCAGAAGCUGCAUCUGAAAAGAAACCUGAGCUGUUGCCACGUCCAUCUAUUAGUCAAGAGGACAACAUACGCUUGAGAGGAGCUUCCAUUUCUGAGCAAUUAUCUCAGAGUCCUAAAAAAGACAAGGCACAGAUAAUAUCUCGCAUGGCCAAAAUGGGAACAGCCACUCUUCCUUUUCAGGGUGCAGUUGCAGCUCAUGUGAGCAGUGAAUCUGAAAAUGAGGAAGAAAUUUCCCCAGAAGAAAUUCCAGCCCAUCCAAAUAGCUCUAGAAUUGAAUCAUCAAAAUCUUUUACAAAGCCUAGUUCCAGGAAAAAUUCUGGCUCUAGUGUAGCUUCUCAGUCAGCCCAUUUGCAAGCUGCACAACCUCAACUUUUACCAGAAAAUGUUGCUUUGCAAGUUACACAGCAAUCUAGUCAAAUGGCUUUGAGUUCUCAAGUAGCUUUGCCAACUCAGCAAGCAUUUGUGAGUCCAAGUCCUACUGUGUCAUUUUCUACCUAUCAGACAGCCUUUCCAGCUCAAUUUCCAAUGCAUAACUUGGCUGGAAUAAUGCCAACUAGUAUGGCAGAUACCCACUUACCAUUGCUCAUUACAGAAACACGAAGCCAGAAUACAGAAGUUCGACUUUCCUUAUCAAAAAUUACUGAUAAAAUUGACACUGUGUUACAAAAGGUUGAUGACUUGCGGUUGCAACAGGGCCGGAUGCCUUGUGUUACUCCAACUCCUUUCUUAGACAGUGCUCUGCUAGUUCAAAACAUUGAAAGGAUUGUGCAGGAAAACAAGCAACUGAAAGAAGAUGUUGAAGCAAAGAAUUCCAAAAUACAGUCUCUCAAUGAAAAAAUUUGUGAUCUCUUCCAAAGAAAUCAAAGGUUUUUUGAAGAGAGUAAUAAUAUGUUGGAACAAAGAAGUGAUACAAUGCAAGCUGUUUCUGCUCAAUCACAGGCCAAACUUUUGAAUUUAGAAAAUGAAAAGGCAAAGCUCUCAUCAGAUUUGUUAAAUGCAACUUCUAAACUUGCGGCAAUGGAAGAGGAGUUGAAUAAGUCUCUAAAGCUUGAGAAUCAGUUAAAACAAAGACUACAGGAAUAUGAAGUGAGGAUUGAAAGGCAGUCAAAAGAUCUCAAUUUAGAGAAAGAAUCACUGGUGAUGUCUUUACAAGAAAAAGUAAAAAAUGCUGAAGAUGAGAGAGAGAUAUUAAUAAAAAAUUUAAGUGACUUGGAAACACAAUGUAAACAAUUACUGGAAUCUAAAACCAUUCUUGAAAAACUUUUGAAAGAAAAUGAAUCAAAAGUUGAUGAAAUCAGAGCUGGGAAGGGCUUGAAAGAAUCACAUGAUGAUGAUUCUACUAAUAAUGUUAAAAUGGAAUUACUCAGGGAAGAAAACAGCAAAUUAUUGAGAGAAAAGGAAGAAUUACAAUCAUUGAUUCAAGAACUUCAGAAGAAGCUUACAACUUCUGAAGUAUUUGCAGAAAGUCAAGAAAGGAAAUGCCAUGAACUUCAAUCAGAUCUUGAAAAUUCUUUAACUUGGAAAAAAAAGUACGAAAUAUUUUAUGAAAGAACUCGGGCAAUGAAAGAAAAAUAUGAAGAUCAAAUUAAUGAAUUUGUGGCAGAGAUAAAGCAGUUGAAGGCUGCUGGUUCUAAUCCUACACCUGCCAACUUUACUGGAGAGAUUAAAAAAGUAAUGAAUGCUUUGUUUAAAAUCCUGCAAGGAAAGUUUGAGCCAAAUUCAUCCUAUCAAGGCUCAAAAGUACUUGAAUUGACUCUUCAAAGUAUUAGGGUUUUAACAUUCCAAAUGCUUGAAAUGAAAAAUAGAGUCCCAUCCACUUCCUCAGAAAAUGAUGUUGAAUCUGGUAAGGUAAUAAACAAUACAGCUGGAGCCUCUUUUGCAGCUGAAACUGAUUCAUCUCAGUCCCAAGCAAGCAGUCUUGAAAGUUCAGUUAAUUCCACAGAUGCAAUAGUUCAACAAAAUGGAUUAAAUGAAACCCAUAAUACUAAUACCAGCUGCAGUCCCCCUGUUUCAGGAGGCGUAGAAGCAUCUAGUGAUGGCGAUAAAUCAGGAAAUGAAAAUAAUUCUGAAAAACCAGAAUCUAAAUUAGUAGAAGAAACACCAUCAAAGCAAAGUGAAUGUGAACAGAAUGGCGUGGACAAUAGUUCAGAUUCAAAACUUAGUGAAACUUCUGAUUCAUCUAAAGCUGAAAAAACAAAAACUCCUUCAAAAGAAACUAAAGAUAUAAACCGUGCAUCUCCUGAUAAAAGGCAGCAUCUCUCUUCAGAUAAUGAAUUUAUUGAUGUGCUUUCUGAUUCUGGGGCAAGCAAGGUAUAAGAAGGGGUUUUCUAACUGCAUGCUCAUUUAUUAUUGAAGAUCUGGAGACCUCAGCCACCUCCGCUGUUUGAUGAUGACGACGACGACGAUGACAACGACGAUGAUUGGUUGAAAUAAUUAUGCUCUUUCGCAUGUCUUAUAGUUGAUUAUUUUGUAUUUAUCACUUGUGAUUCUUAUGGCUAACGAUCUACAAUUCCUCACUGUAAUAAAUAUUUUUGAACUUUUUUUGUAAUAUAUCUUAAUAAGAAUAAAUUUUUGUGACAUA